UUGUUCAUCAGUGACGUCUGAACUUUUAAAAUCAGCGUUCUAAAUUAGCUUCACCUGGGCUCGUGUGGCGACACAGGGAGACCCGCCGGGAGGCUCUCCAGUAUGUCUUCACCCCUGUUCUCGGAGAUCUUCCACUGUGAGGAGGGUUCUCACCUGAAGGACUCUUUCUCCUACACUGAUGAUGGACUGAAUGAUAGUUUGGAUGGAAGUUCAGCAGAGCUGACUGAUGUAUUUGAAGAAGAAGGAUGUGAAGGCGAAGCCUGGACUCCACCACCAAGUGAACUGAAACUGAAAAUAGCUGCUCAGCUUGAGCACUACCUCUCUGAUGAGAAUCUGGAAGUCGAUGCAUUUCUGUUAAAACACAUCCAGAGGAACAAGAUGGGUUAUGUCAGCCUGAAGUUGAUGACCUCUUUCAAAAAGAUCCGAGAGCUCACACGUGACUGGCGUACAACUCUGGCAGCAGCAUGCACCUCUCAUCAUCUUGAGGUAAAUGAGGCAGGAACCAAGGUGCGACGGAGAACCCCGGUUCCUGAAUGGCUGCUGUGCAUCCCUACCACCAAACUGCUGUUGGCCUGGAACUUCCAGGACAUUAUCAGUUCCACAGAAGUAGAGAACAGUGGUUCAUCUGGAGCAGAGCAGCUGCAGCAAGACUUCAUGGAGACCGCCAUGUCUAUAUUUGGUUCUCAUGGUACCAUCACUUCCCUGCGCAUCCUUCGUCCAGGAAAAGAGAUACCUGCUGAGCUCAAGCGCUACACCAAGAAACACACUGAACUUGGGCGUAAACUGUGCGCAUUGGUGGAGUAUGAGUACCUGGAUGGGGCCCGCAAGGCCUAUGAAGUUCUCAAAGCAGAGGAGCAUCUGAAUGGAGGGAAAGGCAUUCGGGUGGUGCUCCUUGGUAGCCGUGGCACAAGGAAACCAGGAACCAGCCAGGUUCACACUGAGGAAGAGUCUGAGGAAGGCACUGAGAAUGAUUAUGACGAUUCCAAGAAACAAAACAGGAAAGCCAAGAGGCAUCUCUGCUCUCUUGAAGAUUCAGCUCUGUACAGCUCCUCUGAAUCUGACUUUGCCCCAGCAUCACCCCGACCUAACCGACGGGUCUCUCGCCCUCAGGCCAUGUACGGCAGCCCUCUGGCCAUCCCACGGGUGUCUAGCUUUCGCUCAGACCCUUUCAGAAACCCACUUGGUAGCCCUAUCGGGAGCCCCCUCAUACCGCGUAAGCUGUUCCCUGUAGGCCAUGCCAGCUCCCCAGUUGCCACAACACCAAUUUUCAGUAGCACUCCUCCCUCGACUGUCAGUUCAGCUUGCAGCAGAAGCCGGAGUUCAGGAGAUUACUCCCAAGACAGCGCAGGGUACGCAGGGAGCCCCUGGGUCCAACGCCGAAGAAAUGCUGCCCAGGUAAUUCAAGCAGAGAAAAGCUGGCCUAUGUCUCCCAGUCAGAUAAAGAGGCCGCUUGGUGUGCUGGUUGUGCGCCAGCCGAUGGGACCCGACGGCACCAAAGGCUUCCACAACAGCAUUGGCAGGGGAAAGGUGCUGUUUCCACAUUGAUGAAUUGAUUUUCUGCUGAUUGUUUGCUUGUAGGUCUAAGAUCUGCCAUGCAUAGCACUUGUUUUCUUUUAAAUCAGUGUUUCAGUACUGACCUCCGCAUUAAUUGCUUAUAUCAAAGUGUAGAAGCUACUCUUUUAUACAAAAAAAGUUUUGUAUUUGUUGAACGAAUUAAUAAAUAAAGAUGACAUUGUAAUCAAAAUGUU